AUGACGAUUCUCAACUACUACUAUCUUGUUAUGUCAUCAGAUGAGCCAUCCACGUCUUCUACAGUAACCCAAAAAGAUAACACAGUACCCCUUUGUACUGUAUGUGGUGACGUAGCGAAUGGUAAAAGAUACGGUACAUGGGCAUGUCUAGGGUGUAUCGUGUUCUUUCGGAGGACCGUUUUGAGGAAAAUGAAGUAUAAAUGUCAAAGAGAGGAAAGAUGUGAGGUUACUGUAGACCAAAAUUUGGACCUAAACGUUUUUGUGGACCUUCAAAAAGAUCAAUGGGAAAAUCAUAAAAACCAUGUGGAAGAGGAGGAAAAAUUUUCAGAUGGAUGUGUUUUUAUGAAGAAUACCUAUCAUCGUCGUGCCACGUCGUCAGAUAUCAACUUAUCACUAAAAUUAGCUAUCCAAGAUUCAAAUUCCUUUGCUUCUCAAUUCCAAUUUUUUCGAGAGCUUUCCGAAGAAAAUCGGAUAAAAGUUUUAAGAGAAUUCUCAAUUGGAUUCAUGAUUUUGGACCAAGCCGUAAGAACUAAAAAUGAUGCAGAUCCGGGAUUUUGGAUUCUUCAAAAUGACAGUUUUUUGGGAUUACACCCAGAUUUCAAAUUUGAGGAAAUGGACGAAAAUUUGGAAAAUUUGGAGAAAGAAAAGUGA